AUGGGACUUCUCCAGCGGCUUAAGCUCCGCCGCUCUAGCAAAUGGGAGAAACAGACCCUCCUGGACCACAUGCUCUCCUCCCCAUUACACUUUCUGGUUACCUGCAUCUACCAUCUCCUCCUCCUCCUGCGUGGCAAGCCCUUCCGCCCCCCCAGCGAAAAGCCACCCAUCAGGGUUGUCUGUCUAUCUGACACCCAUGAUCAGAUCGUCCGCGACGUCCCGGACGGCGAUCUCUUGAUCCACGCCGGAGACCUGACCAACUCCGGCUCCGCCAAAGACAUCCAGAAGCAGGUCGACUGGCUGGCCUCUCUGCCCCACCGUCACAAGAUUGUCAUUGCGGGAAACCAUGACAGCUGGUGCGAUGUCAGGGCAAGACUGGUCCAGGACAAGCGCGAGGGGAAUAGGGUCGACUUCAGAGGCCUGCAUUACCUACAGGACAGCUCCGUCACCCUCCACUUCCAAGCCGGCAGGAAGUUGAACGUGUAUGGUGCUGCCGACAUCCCCUCGUGUGGACGCAGCAGCUUUGCCUUCCAAUACCCCGCCGACAGGAGCCCGUGGAGAGGUAGGAUUCCCACCGACACACAAGUCUUGGUCACCCACACUCCGCCACGCUCUCAUCAGGACUUGGGCCUAGGCUGCCCAGGACUGCUCGAGGAGUUGUGGAGGGUCAAGCCAAGGCUGCAUGUCUAUGGACACGUUCACUGUGGCCGUGGACAGGAAAGCCUCUACUUUGACGAGUGUCAGAGCGCCUACGAGAGGCUCAUGUCAGGCCCUCCGCGCGGCGCGCUUUUUGACAUGAUCCCCAACAGCAGCUGGUUCGAUGCUCUCAAGGUCAUUUAUUACGGUGUCAACGCCGUUGCCUUCAAGUACCUCAUGCUCGGACCUGGCUCCAACAACGCGAGCCUCAUGGUCAACGCUAGCUGUAUGCAAGGAAAGUCGGGCAAAUUAUGUAAGAGCCCGGCGCAGGUCGUUGAGCUAUGA